AUGCCAAUUUCUCUCGUUGAGAAGUCUGGUUUUCAAGCCUUGGUGUACCAUCUAACAUGCCGAAAUAAGCCUCAGUACGUUAUACCCUCUCGUCGGCAAAUAACCCGGUGGCUCAGCGAUCGAUUGGAUAUCUGUACCGCUGGAUUCAAGGGCCUACAGAACUGUGCAGCCAUCGGAAUCACUACGGAUGUUUGGACGAGGGCUAACAAGGAAAGUGUGCUCUCCUUAGUAGCACACUACAUUCAUCCGGCUGAUCCGGAGAACCCUUCGCUCACCGGCUCCUUACAAACAAGGGUCAUCGGCUUUGAGACAUUGAGGUCAAAGCACACGGCUGACAAUAUCAGCUGUCUUCUAACAACCACUCUCAAUAAAAUGGGCCUUCAAGGAAAGGUCGCAUUAGCAUGCACAGACUCUGGUAGCAAUAUGGUCAGAUGUUUCUCGGAUUUGGUCGCAUCCGGCACUAUGUGCCUUCUCAAACAAUGGCUGCCCUGUGCUGCACACCGUUUGCACUUGACAGUGUGUAAUGGUUUGGCCCUAUAUAAAACGAGGCACACUGAGAAGGCUGGCAUCUAUGGACAUAAAACGGUAGAGGACGGUCUAGCACAAGCGGAAGAAGUUCUGAAGGAAAUGGAUGCAAUGGAUCCCACCGAGGGCGACAAUUCCACUACUGUCAACACUGAUGCGCUUCUUAUGGAGGCAGAGGAGGACAUUGAACAGGACGAGCCUGAUUGGGGGCUUGAAGGAGAUGAUGAAGCAUUCCGUGAUGGCAUCGAGACUGCUGGGCGGGUAACUCGCACCCAAGCAAGCGCUAAGCGCUCGGUUGACCGUGUUCGAACAUUGAUCUCACUGCUGCGAAAAUCUACCACUGCUCGUGACAUCAUGAAUGAUGUGAGGGAAAAGUUCCCCCCCCGCUAG